CGUUUGGAUCAGAGUCCACUGGACCUGAGGGAGGCGUGGGCAAAGAGUAGAUUUGCCCGUAGAGGAGACCUGCUUAGAAGACCAUCGCGGGGCUGGCGGGCUGUCGCGGGCCCCGCCGAGCGAGACCACCUGUGAGGGCUGCUGAGAUUGGCGGAGGCGGUCAUGUGGGCGGUCACGUGCUGCGGCGAGCUCCUUCCAAAAGAAAAUGGGGUUUGGUGUAAAUCUGGGGGUGUAAUGUUAUCAUAUAUCACGCUACCUCGUAAAACCGACACUGAAAGCUGCCGGACAACAAAUCACAGGUCAAAAUUAUGAGUUCUUCGUAUUAUGUGAACGCGCUUUUUAGCAAAUAUACGGCGGGGGCUUCUCUGUUCCAAAAUGCCGAGCCGACUUCUUGCUCCUUUGCGCCCAACUCGCAGAGAAGCGGCUACGGGGCGGGCGCCGGCGCCUUCGCCUCGACAGUGCCGGGUUUGUACAAUGUCAACAGCCCCCUCUAUCAGAGUCCCUUCGCGUCGGGCUACGGCCUGGGCGCCGACGCCUACGGCAACCUGUCCUGCGCCUCCUACGACCAAAACAUCCCCGGGCUCUGCAGUGACCUCGCCAAAGGCGCCUGCGACAAGGCGGACGAGGGCGCGCUGCACGGCCCGGCCGAGGCCAAUUUCCGCAUCUACCCCUGGAUGCGGUCUUCAGGACCCGACAGGAAGCGGGGCCGCCAGACCUACACUCGCUACCAGACGCUGGAGCUGGAGAAGGAGUUCCACUUCAACCGCUACCUGACGCGGCGCCGCCGCAUCGAGAUCGCCCACGCGCUCUGCCUCACCGAGCGCCAGAUCAAGAUCUGGUUCCAGAACCGCCGCAUGAAGUGGAAGAAAGAGCAUAAGGACGAGGGUCCAGCCCCCACUGCUGCCCCCGAGGGGGCCGUGCCCUCAGCCGCCGCCGCUGCUACUGCUGACAAGGCAGACGAGGAGGACGAGGAGGAAGAGGAGGACGAGGAAGAGGAAUAAGGAGCCAAGCCCGGGGCCCUGGCUGCAUCGCACAGUCGGGGAGGAAAAGCGUCUUUAAGAGACUAGCUGGUUUUAUUUACAAAAAUGGGGGGAAAUAAAAAGAAAAUGUUAAAAAAAAAAAACAAAAAACAACCCAAUCCCCAACCCGCACUCCACCCAUCCCAUCACCCUC